AUGUUUCGCACUUGCUUCAAUCCUCCACAGAAGUGUGACGAAAAGACCCCCACAUGCAGCACCUGUCAGAAAGGGGGUCGCCUCUGUAGCUACGAACACCGGCAGAGGGUAACAGCGGACGAGGCCAGCAAAGUGUCCAUAUACAUACGCACCGAGGACGGGCGAGAUCAUUCCAACACUGGACUGCGCCUGAGAAGAACGCAGAAAGCUGCAUCAGGCCAGGGCAGCUUCUCGAUUCUAGCUUUGGCAAAACCCGCUGGCCCACUUUCGAAUGCCGACAGUGAACUUGCCGGUAGAUGGGCAUACAUGCUUGGACCAUUGCCCCUGGACCAGGCAUCUUCGGCGGGCUUCUAUGGCGUUUUCCGGACCAUUCCGUCCAGGCUGGGCAUAGAUCGAGUUCUGAGCGCGGCUGCUUCCUAUACCGUGGACAGCCAUUGGGCGUUUAUGACUCAAGACUCCCAGCAUCUAGAAAAGGCACGGAGAUCUGGUGUUCGCGCGACGAGAGCACUCCGACUGGCAAUCCAGAGCCCAGUCAGAGAUCUUGCAAAUGCGAUUCCUGUAGCUGUCCUAGCUCUGAAGCAUGCUGAGUACUUCAUGCAUCUACAUACCUUCACCUAUCAAUUCCACGUCAUCGCACAGAGUGCGUUGUUGAAAGCGCAAUGGAGUUCUGGUCACUGGAAUGAGCUUCAAGAAGAUAUCAUUCGUACCGUGUGGCUCGAAGAGAUCGAGGAGGCCGUCUUCGCAGGCACAACCUCCGAGCUCGACGAUCCACUGCGACAUGAAGUCAGAGCAAGAGCGCGUCUACCCGAGAACGAUCGGCCAACCGACAUGUAUCACUACUGCAUGGAACAGUGUAUCCUGAUCCCGCGACUUGUACGUCUUGUGAGGAAAUGCGCUUCGGAUCCGGACGAAUGUCUUAUUCAGGAGACCGUGAGCCUCGCCGAGCGCAUCUACGACAGAGACAAGCAAGCCUUCUAUGAAGACCUCUUACGCCAGAACACGGCAGUGGAGUCGCGGUGUCAAGGACCUUUCAAUCCCCUUGGGAGAUCACUGGUCUUUCUAUCGACACGCAUCUUCAUCUUGACUGGAAUUUAUUACAUGUACCGCAACAUGAUCUGUGGCCUGAUCUUGCGCAUGCUCGAUACUGCAACUGUCGAAGGGACCGUUUUUGAUAAGUGUGAAAUCGAGCAUGAAGAUGUUCGUGCAGCGGAGCACAUUGUCAUGUGUGUCGAGCACGCAUUCAAUUGUUCGGACGGGGACCCUCCUUUCAAGGCGAUGCGUCUCCACGACCCCAUCACGAUGGCGUUUGGCGCGUGGUCUCGUCUAGCGAAGCGAGAGUGUUUCCCAACCUGCGAAAUGUCCUCACUCGAGCGAGGACGUGGCGGGGACAUGAAGGAGUUCUGUAAAAUGGUCGUCGCUCGAAUCAUGGACAUGUGGCAUGCAGGACCUGACUUGUUGGAGAUCUUCGAAGCCACUGCGGAGGCUUUCGAAGGUGGACCUACACUGCCUGGAAUGUCUAGAAGAGGGAAGGCUUGGAGGGAGACGCUUUCUUGA